AAGUUCGCGCGCAUAGAGAUAGAGAGAGAGACAGAGUGAAAACAGAGUCAUGAACCUCAAACACCAACAAACCUUCGCCUCUCAACCCUUUCCAUGGAACCACAAAAACCCAUCAUCACCCCACUCCCUUGACACUCCCAAUGAUGCUCAAAGGCAAGAUCAAGCUCCCCGAAAAAGCCCGCCGGGCAUUUCCCGACGUGCUCGGUAGCUUAGUCGCCGGAUUCGACGAAAAGGACGAGGAGAACGGGGGAUUACCCGAUCGGGUCAUCGGAGAGGAGCUCGAGACGUUAGAGCCCAUUGGGUUCGCGUCGGAUCGAGAAAUCGAUGAGUAUGGGAGAGAUGAUGAGGAGAAGUACCCUGAUGGUGAAUUGGUUAGGGAAAAGCAUGAGAAAGAUGUGGGGGUUUCGGUUUCGGUGGAGGAGAUUAUUGCCAAGGAUGAGAAAAGGUCGGAUCUUGAGUACGAGCUUUCUCAAAAGGAGAUAAAUUUGGAAAAGCUUCAAAGAAUUGCUAGUUCAGGGCUUCCAGACGGAGGAAGUGUGAGGGCAACAGCUUGGAAGCUGCUCCUGGGUUAUUUACCUGCUUCUCGUGACUUAUGGGAGAAAGAACUAGGUGAAAAUCGAUCAAAAUAUGCAAAGCUAAAAGAGGAGCUUCUCUUGAGUCCUUCCGAGUUCUCAAGGAGAAACAAUGACGGGCCAUAUUCGAAUGAGCAGUGUGUUGACAUGGGUGUUGAAGGGCCGCUUGAGAGACAGAAAGUUUCAAAUGAGGAUCACCCUUUGAACAAUGGUAAGGCAAGCGUUUGGCACCAGUUUUUUCAGUUCACAGAGAUUGCAGAACAGAUUGAUCGUGAUUUGCAACGCACACACCCAGAUAUGAAAUUCUUCUCGGGGGAGUCAUCGUUGAGUAGGAAGAAGAGGGAGGCAAUGAGAAAUAUUCUUCUCCUGUUUGCGAAACUAAAUCCUGAAAUCCGUUAUGUCCAAGGCAUGAACGAGGUUUUGGCGCCACUAUACUACGUUUUUAGCACCGACACUGAUGAACAAAAUGGUGCACAUGCAGAAGCGGAUAGUUUUUCCUGUUUCGUUCGACUACUAAGUGAUUCAGUGGAUCACUUCUGUCAACAUCUGGAUAAUAGUGCAGUGGGUAUCCAUUCUACCCUUGCUCGCUUGUCAGAGUUAUUGAAAGCCAAUGACGAGGAGCUGUGGCGGCAUCUUGAGUACACAACCAAGGUCAACCCCCAAUUCUAUGCAUUCCGGUGGAUCACACUGCUACUUACCCAGGAAUUCGAUUUUCCUUCCGUCUUAAGGAUUUGGGAUACCAUUUUGAGCAAUCCCUUUGGAGUGCAGGAAAUGCUUUUGAGGGUUUGCUGUGCAAUGCUACUUUGUGUGAAAAGCAGGUUGCUGAGUGGUGAUUUCAUAGCCAACUUGAAGCUUUUGCAGCACUACCCUAUAACCAACAUCGAACACAUACUUCAGGUAGCCAACGACAUCAGCCCCGACAUGUCUUCCUUUCUCUUGCCAAUGUAAAUUCAUCAAUUGACACAACCGUAUGAUCUUUUUCCGUGUUAAAUUGGGGGGAAAUAGCGCUUUUAUGCAAAAUGUCUCCCUUGACAUUGUCCAACAGCUAAAUACAGUUUUGUUUUUGGUCAAAAAACACAAGCUAGCUAACAGCCUUUUUGUGGAGUAUUGGAAAGCUAACUCUCUCUCUCUCUCUCAUUGCACCUAACUAAUGAAGUUGAAAACCACUACGUUGCACC